UAUAACUGACCGUCAGAUCAACUAUUACUAACCACUAUCUUACCGCAACACAGCUUUCAACAUAACUAUCAACAUAUCAUACUCAUCAUCAUGUCCAUAAUACUUAGAUUCAGAUCCAAAGAUGGGAUGUUUAGAAUCUCAUCGAAUUUGAAUGAUGAUUUCUUAAUCACUCUUGAACAAGUAUUACCUAUAUUACAACAGAAAUCUCCAUCCAUAGACUUACAAUCAAUUUCUAUAAGUGAUAAACCUAAUGUCAAGGGUCAAUUGGCUAAUUCAUUAUGUGGGAAGUCUAUUCAAGAAUUAGGAUUUAAGAAUGGGGAUUUAUUAUUUGUUAGUUAUGAAUUGGAAGAAGGGGCAGGGGAUUCAUCUGAAGUUCCAGCUGGUGCUGCUUUACUGAGUUCUACAACUGCCGCCACCAAUCAUCACGUCUCCAUCAAUCCUAUUCAAGUUCCUUCAUCUGGACCAUUAAAAUCCAUCAAACAAUUACCUAUUGAUGACGAAUUGGAGAAACAAGAUGGAUUAAUUAAACGUCCUUUGACUAAAUUUUGUCAACAUGGUGUAAAAGGUAUGUGUGAAUAUUGUUCACCAUUACCACCUUGGGAUAAAGAUUAUCGUAAAGAACAAAAUAUUAAACAUAUGUCAUUUCAUUCCUAUUUAAAAGAAAUUGAUCAAACUAAAAAUAAUAAAUUUAAUAAUAGUUCAUAUAUCGCUCCAUUAGAUGAACCAAAUUUUAAGAUUAAUUUACAUUGUCCAAGUGGAACUCAUAAACCUUAUCCUAGAGGGAUCUGUUCAAAAUGUCAACCUAAUGCCAUCACAUUACAAUUACAAAAAUUCAGAAUGGUAGAUCAUGUCGAAUUUUCCGAUUCAUUAAUCAUGAAUCAAUUCAUUGAUGUUUGGAGACAUACUGGUGUUCAAAGAUUUGGUUAUUUAUAUGGUAGAUAUGAAGCAUUUGAUAAAGUUCCCUUGGGGAUCAAAGCGGUGGUGGAAGCUAUUUAUGAACCUCCUCAACAUGGUGAAUUGGAUGGAAUUACUUUAUUACCUUGGGAUAAUGAAGCUGAAGUUGAUGCUAUUGCUAAUGAAUUAGGGUUAUAUAAGGUUGGGAUUACUUUCACUGAUUUAACUGAUAGUGGAUUAAAAGAUGGUACUGUACUUUGUAAAAGACAUAAAGAUUCAUACUUUUUAAGUAAUUUAGAAAUCUUAAUGGCUAGUAAAUUUCAAAUUAAAUAUCCUAAUGCUACUAAAUUCUCAUCAUCAGGUCAAUUUUCAUCUAAAUUCGUUACAUGUGUUAUAAGUGGAGGAUUACAAGGCCAAAUUGAACCUCGAUCAUAUCAAGUAUCAAUUGAAGGCGAAGCCUUAGUUAAAGCAGAUAUUAUAACAGGAUCAACUCAACCUUCACAAAUUUAUGUUAAUGGAACUAAUGAAACAAGAUAUGUUCCUGAUAUUCAAUAUCUGAAAUUGAAUGAAUAUAAUUUAGAGAUUAAAACUAAUGCUAAACCUACAUUCCCAGUUGAAUUCUUAUUAGUAUCAUUAACUGAUUCCUUCCCAUUAAAUCCUCAACCAUUAUUUAAUAAUGAAGCAAAUCUGAUAUUUGUCAUUGAAAAUAGAGAAUUCAUGGGUGAUUUACAAAAUUUACAAACUUGUUCUAAAUAUUUGAAUUCGAAUUUCAAUCAAUCAUCCUUAUUUAAUUUCCAUUUCUUAGUUUAUUUAUUCAAAUUGAAUAUUUUAGGACCUCAUGAAUUGAAAUUAUUAAUCAAAAUCGUCAAAGAUAAGGAUGAAUCUGAUUAUAUUCAAUUGAUUGAAAGUCCAGGAUGGAUGACCUUACUUACUAUAGUUGAACAAAGUAGUUAAAUAGUAUAUAUACCUCCCUCAAUUUACGAUAUCUCAUACCUGUUAACUCAUAACUCUAUGGCUAUAAUUAGAAGAUCUUCUCGAAUAUUCUAGAUACUUUCAGUGAACGCCCUUGCCGCAGUACUUAGCUGGAUCAUCUCACAAAUUUGUUGAACUGAACACGCCAAAUUUUAAUUUUGUGGAUUUUUCACUGAGAAUUUUUUUUUUGGUUACCACCACCACCAACCAUCAUAUGAACAAUAAAUAAAUAUUUAUAUAUAUUGAUUCAAUUGACUUUUACUUGUUUCUUUAGGAAUUGUUAAUUGUAAACAGUUAUAGUAAGACUUAUACCAAUAUAACAUCACUAUUUACAAAUGUC